CCCAACUCCGUUCAAUAAGAGCACGUGUAUCGCUGCCAAAGGUGCAACAACAAACCACAGAGGACUAGGAGCCUGGGUGACAGACACCGGACUGACUGACUGACUGACUGAGGCUCAGAUCUGAUUCACAGCUGAAGAGGAAUAUUUUCCAUGAAUACCUGCAGAUGAGACAUCAUGCCAAGUGGAUCAGUGAAACUACAAAGCAUUAAAAAGCUGGGACAGGAAAACCACAGCUAUGAGGUUUCAGAUGACGAUCCAUCUGACCCCUACAUGACAAUGACCAAGACUAAGAAGGAUGAAAAGGAUCAGAAAACGGCAGAACAGUCGGCUAUCAGGGUUGGAUUCUUUCAACUGUUCCGCUUCGCCACGUGUAACCAGGUGCUAAUGAUGGUGGUGGGCAGUGUUUGUGCCAUCCUGCACGGCUCUGCUCAGCCCAUGAUGUUGCUGGUGUUCGGCCUGCUCACUGACACAUUCAUCGAAUACGACAUUGAGCUGAAUGAGCUGAGCGACGACCGAAAAGAGUGCGUCAACAACACAAUCCAGUGGAAGGAGAACGUCACUGCAUCAGUGCAGAACAUGUCCCUGUGGAGCUUUGGCAGGAAUUCUACAGAGGAUCUACUGCCCCCGCUGCUGGGCAUGCCGUGCGGGUUGCUGGACAUUGAGUUUGAAAUGACCAAAUUUGCCUACUAUUAUGUUGGAAUCGCAGCUGCUGUCUUCCUGUUGGGAUACUUACAGAUCUCACUGUGGGUGACGGCGGCUGCCAAACAGAUCCAGCUGAUCAGGAAAAUGUACUUCAGUAAAGUGAUGAGGAUGGAGAUCGGCUGGUUCGACUGCACGUCUGUGGGUGAACUGAACACUCGCAUGUCAGACGAUAUCAAUAAGAUCAAUGACGCAAUAGCAGACCAGGUGGCCAUUUUCCUGCAGCGUUUCACCACUUUCGUGUGUGGCUUCUGCAUUGGAUUCGUUAAAGGGUGGAAGCUUACAUUAGUCAUUGUUGCAGCCAGUCCUCUCAUCGGUGUAGGUGCUGGUUUGAUGGCCUUGUUUGUAGCAAAGCUGACAGGCAUGGAGCUGCAGGCGUACGCUAAGGCCGGAGCUGUGGCCGAUGAGGUCCUCUCCUCCAUCAGGACAGUGGCUGCUUUUGGUGGUGAGAACAAAGAAGUGCAAAGAUAUGACAGGAACUUGGUGUCAGCACAGCGCUGGGGCAUCAGGAAGGGUCUGAUCAUGGGCUUUUUCACUGGAUACAUGUGGCUCAUCAUUUUUCUGUGCUAUGGUCUGGCCUUCUGGUACGGUUCAACUCUGGUGGUAGACACAGAGGAGUACUCACCAGGGACUCUACUCCAGGUGUUCUUUGGGGUUUUGAUUGCCGCAAUGAAUCUGGGGCAGGCCUCCCCGUGCCUGGAGGCAUUUGCUGCUGGUCGUGGAGCUGCUACCAUCAUCUUUGAGACCAUUGACAGAGAGCCAGAGAUUGACUGUUUAUCAGAGGCUGGCUACAAACUGGACAAGGUCAAAGGGGAUAUUGAGUUCCACAAUGUGUCCUUUUACUACCCAUCCAGGCCUGAAGUCAAAACACUGGACCAGCUCAGUGUAGCAGUGAAAUCAGGAGAGACCACAGCCUUUGUUGGUCCAAGUGGAGCUGGAAAAAGCACUGCUAUUCAGCUCAUCCAGCGCUUCUAUGACCCAAAGGAAGGCAUGGUGAGUUUCAGAUGUUUUUUAUGUUCCUUCCGCUUCGCCACGUGUAACCAGGUGCUAAUGAUGGUGGUGGGCAGUGUUUGUGCCAUCCUGCACGGCUCUGCUCAGCCCAUGAUGUUGCUGGUGUUCGGCCUGCUCACUGACACAUUCAUCGAAUACGACAUUGAGCUGAAUGAGCUGAGCGACGACCGAAAAGAGUGCGUCAACAACACAAUCCAGUGGAAGGAGAACGUCACUGCAUCAGUGCAGAACAUGUCCCUGUGGAGCUUUGGCAGGAAUUCUACAGAGGAUCUACUGCCCCCGCUGCUGGGCAUGCCGUGCGGGUUGCUGGACAUUGAGUUUGAAAUGACCAAAUUUGCCUACUAUUAUGUUGGAAUCGCAGCUGCUGUCUUCCUGUUGGGAUACUUACAGAUCUCACUGUGGGUGACGGCGGCUGCCAAACAGAUCCAGCUGAUCAGGAAAAUGUACUUCAGUAAAGUGAUGAGGAUGGAGAUCGGCUGGUUCGACUGCACGUCUGUGGGUGAACUGAACACUCGCAUGUCAGACGAUAUCAAUAAGAUCAAUGACGCAAUAGCAGACCAGGUGGCCAUUUUCCUGCAGCGUUUCACCACUUUCGUGUGUGGCUUCUGCAUUGGAUUCGUUAAAGGGUGGAAGCUUACAUUAGUCAUUGUUGCAGCCAGUCCUCUCAUCGGUGUAGGUGCUGGUUUGAUGGCCUUGUUUGUAGCAAAGCUGACAGGCAUGGAGCUGCAGGCGUACGCUAAGGCCGGAGCUGUGGCCGAUGAGGUCCUCUCCUCCAUCAGGACAGUGGCUGCUUUUGGUGGUGAGAACAAAGAAGUGCAAAGAUAUGACAGGAACUUGGUGUCAGCACAGCGCUGGGGCAUCAGGAAGGGUCUGAUCAUGGGCUUUUUCACUGGAUACAUGUGGCUCAUCAUUUUUCUGUGCUAUGGUCUGGCCUUCUGGUACGGUUCAACUCUGGUGGUAGACACAGAGGAGUACUCACCAGGGACUCUACUCCAGGUGUUCUUUGGGGUUUUGAUUGCCGCAAUGAAUCUGGGGCAGGCCUCCCCGUGCCUGGAGGCAUUUGCUGCUGGUCGUGGAGCUGCUACCAUCAUCUUUGAGACCAUUGACAGAGAGCCAGAGAUUGACUGUUUAUCAGAGGCUGGCUACAAACUGGACAAGGUCAAAGGGGAUAUUGAGUUCCACAAUGUGUCCUUUUACUACCCAUCCAGGCCUGAAGUCAAAACACUGGACCAGCUCAGUGUAGCAGUGAAAUCAGGAGAGACCACAGCCUUUGUUGGUCCAAGUGGAGCUGGAAAAAGCACUGCUAUUCAGCUCAUCCAGCGCUUCUAUGACCCAAAGGAAGGCAUGGUGACCUUGGACGGCCAUGACAUAAGAGGCCUAAACAUCCAGUGGCUGCGCUCUCUGAUUGGUAUUGUAGAGCAGGAACCUGUGCUGUUCGCCACUACCAUAGCUGAGAACAUACGUUAUGGUCGACCUGGUGUGUCCUUCGAGGACAUUAUCAAAGCAGCCAAGGAGGCAAACGCUUACAACUUUAUCAUGGAUCUGCCUCAGAAAUUUGACACUCUGGUUGGUGAAGGGGGAGGACAGAUGAGUGGAGGUCAGAAGCAGCGAAUUGCCAUUGCUCGAGCCCUUGUCAGAAAUCCUCGAAUCCUGCUCCUGGAUAUGGCGACAUCUGCCCUUGAUAACGAAAGCGAGGCUAUGGUUCAAGAGGCCUUGGAUAAAGUUCGCAUGGGUCGGACCACCAUCUCUAUUGCCCACCGUCUCUCCACCAUUAAGAAUGCUGAUGUGAUUGUUGGCUAUGAACAUGGUCGAGCAGUGGAAAGGGGCAAACACAACGAGCUGCUGGAGAGGAAGGGAGUUUACUUCACCCUCGUGACCUUGCAGAGUCAAGGAGACAAGGCCCUAAACGAAAAAGCUAAACAAAUGGCUGACAAGGAAGAAGAACUAGUGAAACCAAAUCUGUCCAGAGCGGGAAGCUACCGCGCCAGUUUGAGAUCCUCAAUCCGCCAGCGCUCCAGGUCCCAGCUGUCCAACCUCAUACCUGAGUCCUCAGUCUCCAUUGUAGGAGAGCUUGGUCCUAGGGCCUACUCCGUCUCCAAGGCAGACAAAAAUGCAAUUCCAGAGGAGGAGGAGGAGGAACCUGUAGAGCCGGCUCCCGUUACUCGGAUCUUGAAGUACAACUUACCAGAAUGGCCCUACAUGCUCUUUGGUACCUUUGGAGCUGCAAUAAACGGAGGAGUGAACCCAGUCUAUUCACUGCUCUUCAGUCAAAUCCUGGCCACCUUUUCAGUCACCGAUCCUGUGGCUCAGAAGAGGGAAAUCGACAGCAUCUGCCUGUUUUUUGUUGUUGUUGGCGUGGUAUCGUUCUUCACCCAGAUGCUCCAGGGUUAUGCAUUCUCCAAAUCUGGUGAGCUGCUUACCCGCAGGUUGCGGCGCCUCGGCUUCCAUGCCAUGCUGGGUCAGGAGGUUGGGUGGUUUGAUGACCAUAGGAACAGCCCCGGAGCUCUGACUACACGUCUGGCUACUGAUGCCUCACAGGUUCAAGGGGCCACAGGUUCACAGAUCGGCAUGAUCGUGAACUCCCUCACCAACAUCGGCGUGGCAGUCAUCAUGUCCUUCUAUUUCAGCUGGAAGCUGACGCUGCUCAUCCUUUGCUUCCUGCCCUUUAUUGCUCUGUCUGGAGGAUUUCAGGCUAAAAUGCUGACAGGAUUUGCCAAACAGGACAAGCAGGCCAUGGAAGCUGCUGGACGGAUCUCUGGUGAGGCUCUGAACAACAUCCGCACCAUCGCAGGUCUGGGGAAAGAGAAGAGUUUUGUGGACAUGUACAAUGCCCAACUAGAUGCUCCAUUCCAGGCUGCCUUAAAGAAAGCUAACGUGUAUGGAGGCUGCUAUGGUUUUGCCCAGUGUGUGGUCUUUUUGACCAACGCUGCCUCCUACAGGUUUGGUGGAUAUUUGGUGCGACAGGAAGGGCUACAUUUUAGCCUGGUGUUUAGGGUAAUCUCAGCCAUUGUCACCAGUGGAACGGCACUUGGCAGAGCCUCAUCCUACACACCUGACUACGCCAAGGCCAAGAUUUCAGCUGCACGCUUCUUCCAGUUGCUGGACCGCGUGCCUCAGAUUAGUGUCUACAGUGACAAGGGAGAAAAAUGGGACAACUUUCAGGGAAACCUGGAGUUCAUUGACUGUAAGUUCACGUACCCGACCAGACCAGACAUCCAGGUUCUUAACGGACUGAACGUGGGGGUCAAACCAGGCCAGACGCUGGCUUUCGUGGGUAGCAGUGGCUGUGGGAAGAGCACCAGCGUACAGCUGCUAGAACGGUUUUAUGAUCCUGACCACGGCAGAGUGCUGAUAGAUGGCCAUGAUUCAACUCGUGUCAACGUGUCCUUCCUGCGCUCCAAAAUCGGAAUCGUGUCUCAGGAGCCUAUACUUUUUGACUGUAGCAUCGCAGAGAACAUCAAGUAUGGAGACAACUCCCGUGAAAUUAGCAUGAACGAUGUCAUCGCAGCUGCCAAGAAGGCCCAGCUGCACAGCUUCGUCAUGGCCCUGCCUGAGAAAUACAACACCAACGUUGGUGCUCAGGGCUCACAGUUGUCUCGAGGUCAAAAGCAGCGCAUUGCCAUCGCCAGGGCCAUCAUUCGUGACCCCAAGAUCUUGCUACUGGACGAGGCCACCUCAGCUCUGGACACUGAGAGCGAGAAGGUCGUACAGGAAGCCCUGGACAAAGCCAGAGAAGGCCGUACCUGCAUUGUCAUCGCCCAUCGCCUCUCCACCAUCCAGAACUCUGACAUCAUCGCUGUCAUGUCCAGGGGCCUCUUGAUUGAAAAAGGCAAUCAUGACCAGCUCAUGGCCCUCAAGGGAGCCUACUACAAACUGGUGACCACAGGAGCACCAAUCAGCUAACCGCUCCGUCCAUUCAACAGGAGACAGAAAUGAUUACUCUUUUCAUGGAAAUAAAGUCACGCUACAUAAAAGCCGCAAGAUAAAAUGGAAAAUUAUAAAUUCAAAUUCCCUCCAU